AUGAUAGGAGCAGAUCUCCUCCACAUUUGGCAUUUGGGAGUGGGCAGAGAUGCGCUGGGAUCGAUUUUGCGCAUCCUUAUCAAAGAGCAUUACUGGCCUGGCUCGAACAUUGACAAACGCUUGUCCUAUGCCAGCGCUUGUUUGAAAGGGUGGUGCAAACAGAAGAAACUUCCGUUGGCCAUCAAAGGCCUGACUCAACAGAACCUCAACUGGGGUUCUGAGUAUCCUGAGCUUCGCUGCAAGGGCUCUGACACCAGGUGUGUCUUGGAAUGGCUGAACGAUGAGCUGCAGCGCCGGCCAUGCAGAGACUCUGACGUUUCCACAGUGGCCUGGAUGUGA